UUCAAAAAAAAGAUAGAGGUGAAUCGGAGUAUAUUUCAUAGAGGCAAAUAUUGGGAUGAAUUAGAAAUGUUCUUACAAUUCACAUUUUAUGGGCCUUAACUAAAAUCGUAACAAUGGGCCUUUUUCCAAAGCCAUGUCUCACCGCAAAUAUGUAGUGGAAUUUUCAUUUUUCAAUUGUCUAAAUAAUUUUUUUUGGGAAAAGGAGAAAAACAAAUCCAGUGUGGGAUUAGGUCCGACUAGUGACAAUUGUGGAAUCAAAAGGAACAAAUAGGAAAGAAACAUAUAGGAAUAAAUUCGCAGGAAUAAAAAGGAAUUGUUGUUCCAUCUUAAAUUUGACAAGGAAUAACUUUCUUUUUUAUUUCUCUACAAAAAAAAAGAAUGAUGGGGAAUGAGAAGAAAAAAUUAUUCCUUGUGAAUGGUAAUUUUUCUUAGGAAUGUUAGGGAAUACAUUAUUCCUCAUCGUUCGUUUCUUCGUCACCAGUCGGACCCUUAGAGUACGGAUACAAAUCAUAUCUCAUAGGAAACCCAUGCAGGAAGGAACAGUACAUUUUCAGCUCUUAAAUGCUGACUUUGUCUGACACAUGAUCUGCCAGUAAUUACAUUACGUGGCAGAACACUUAAGACAAUCGGACGGUUAUAGUACCUUCUUUAUUGCACGCCAUUCGAUUGAGCGAGUGAUGGAUGGAUAUAAUUAGGCGUUUAGUCAUUUCGUGUGUGUGACAUUUAUAAAAAGCGAACGAGAGCUAAGAGACAGCUUCGAAUUAUCCGUCUUUUCUUUUCAGAAUGUGCAAACUUUGAGAAAAAUAUUUUAGUUUAAAAGAGGAGAGAGCUUGGUUUAACUUUCCUGCUGCUUUUCAAAGAGAGACCAGAAGGUUUUUUUUUACUUUUGGUCGAAGAGACCACAAGAGGUGUGUUUUUUCUCUAUCUACAAACCUCUUCUUGAGUGUUUCUUCUUUACACAUCUUUUUCUUUCUUUCCUUUUUUUUGGUAUUUUGAGUGGUGAAGAAAGGAGAGAGAGUAAAUCGAAAAUAUGGAAAUGGGUCGUCGAGAUGUGAGACGUGGAGGAGGAACCAAUCUUUUGUCCAAUAAACUAUCUCGAAAGUCUAAGAAAGCAUUGAAGAAACUGGGUUUAGGUGAUGCUGAUGAAAACAUGAAUCAUAAGAAACAAGAGAAGAUGAUGUGUUACAAGUGUCCUGCUUCAUAUUUAGAAACUGACGUCUCUUCUAUGAAGAAGAAGAACUCUAAACUUCCCAAUAAGGUAAUUAACUUCUUCAUCAAUACGGAAAUUCAAUUUAAUCUUCCUUUCUUUUCAUCUCUUCUUCAGGACACUAACGGUGUGGAUCAUCAUGCUUCUGUACCAAGGAAGCUUCGUUCAGCAGCCAUGAAGAAGAGGAAUCUUGAAUCUGUUAAGAAGGAGAAUCAAGCAAUGGAUGCAAAAUCUAUUGUUCGUGAGUCAAUUACAAAAGAUGAGAAAGAAGUUGCAGAAACUCUCUACGGUUUAGCUGAUAUGUUUACUGACAGUAACUUCAUUGAUAACAAGUCUUGUGAUCCUUUCUUGUCUGAUGGUAAAGAAACCAGCAAAGUUGACUCAAUGUUGGUCAUGGAAACUGACUUAACCACCAAAGCUGAAUCAGUUCAACCUGCGGCUUCAUUUCUCUCUUCACCCAAACCUAAGCAGAUUGAUGAGGAGCCGUUACAGCAGCAGCAAGAUCAUAACCAGCGCAGAUUAACCGGAUUGAAGCAAAGCAGCUCAGUGAAUGCACAAACUGUAAGCAAAAAGUCAACACCGUUUAACUUACUCUCUUCUACAAAGCUUCCGCAUUGGAUGAUGGGUCAAGCUCUUUCUCUUACCAAGAAUGCUUCACUCUUGUGCGAACCGUUAAGUGUCCGUCCGAGAAAGUUUAAGAGAUGUGCCUCCCACAUUUACAUUUGUCGUCUCAUCAAAGCGUUACAGAGAAGUAAGAGUAGUCCAGUGGCACUUCUUAACCAAACCGAAGAAAGAUCUUUAGAAAUGUCGCAAUGCAGACUCCCUGAUCCUGUGACAACGAUUAGUGACUUUAAAACAAUGGUUCCUCCAUCCAAGAGGUAUCAAAGUCCAAAACCGGUGGAAGAAAACAUGACUCAGCUUGGUCUCGACCUGUCUCUCUCGUCUUCUGGAGCAACACAAUCCCAUCUCCCAUUCACAAACUUGUUUCCACAGUAUCCUAUCUCUGCUGCUUACAAUAGUCAACUCUCACCUGCGCCUUCUAGCCACCAGCAAAUGUCUCCUUAUCUAGCUAGUCGAUUCCAAACCGCUUACAACGCGAACCAACAGCUUCAUAAAAGGCUGUGGGCUGCUCAGUACAGACCACCAUCAUCGAGCCAAUACAGUAAACCAAGGCUCUCCUUUAACCGGACUAGUAUUCAACCUCUACAGAUUGCUUGCUCCCCAAGGUACAUCAACAGUGUAUCUCAACAGCAACAUCGUUUCAUGGCUACUUCAGCAGUAAUGUCAAUGAGUCAUCAUCAUAACAGUAAUCAUUUACGCACGGUGAUGAACAGACAAGAACACCAUUUUCCACUUAUCUACGAAGAUACAAGAACACCGUUGCAACUACUCUGCUACGAGCAGUCGUGAAGAUGUUAUACUUUAUAGUUAAGAACAGAGUUCUGUCUGUCUUCGCCGGGAACUAGGAUUGUCAGAGAGAGAGAUGACUGCACCCUACUUGUUUCAGAAAACUCUUUAAUGUCUCUAUGUAAAUGAUCAACGUGUUCUGCAAAAAGAACAAAGCUCCAAAGUAGAUUUUAAAAGCA